UGACUUCAGCACUGGGCCUUCGGUCUGUUUUCAGUAGUCGGAGAGGAAGAAAAAUGGCGGCUGCGACCGAUCAGAAGCGGGACGCCAACUAUUCGUUUUGAGCUUUCUCACGUAAACCGAGACCGGGGCUUUACGGGACUACUUCUUUGGAAUCUACGCAAAUCAAGCUUUCUGGCGGUACCCGUUUUUCUGGGUUCUGUGAAGGCUAAAUAAACGCAGAAAUUGAAAUAGAAAAUAAUAGCUUUUAUAUAUAAUGAGGGGGAAAAGAGGCAGGCCGCCCAAAACCCUGCGGAUGCAGGAGCCUUCAUCCGAGCCGGAGCGUGGCUUGAGACCCAGGAGGGAGUUGAGGGCAAAGGGGAGAGGUAGUGCCGAGGUCGAUUUUGAGAGUCCCAAGAGGGGAAAUAACUCUUCAUCGAGGGGCAGGAGAAAAGUGGGAUCAUCUCGCGGUAGGGGAAGAGGCAGAGGUGGUGGUGGCAGAGGUACUAGGGGCAGACGGUCAAUCGCUAGAUCUGUGGUUUAUGAUGAUCAUGAAAGUGAUGAAGAUGAUGAUGCUGUGAGUUUGAGAUCUGAGGAGGACGAGUUGAUAGAGGAAGAGACGAUAACAGACGAGGAAGAAGAGGCCCUCAACGAGGAGUCAGACCCGCUUGAGGAAAUACUCGAGGAGGAUGAUGAUGCCAGCUACUGUACUGAAAGCAGCUUUCGGAGUCAGAGCACUCAUGGCAGCACUCCGGGGCGGAAGAGGACGCGGGUGCACUGCCCUCGCUCGCCCAUCUUUGAGGAAAAGGAGAUCCCUCCUCUGGAGCUGCCCAGAACCUCUAAGGACCUCACGGUGCCCAGCGAGGAACUGCUCAACGUGUCCUCCAUCUACGAGGUCCUGCGCAACUUCAGCACGGUGCUGCGGCUCUCUCCCUUCCGCUUUGAGGACUUCUGUGCUGCGCUGGUAGGCCAGGAGCAGUGCACGCUGAUGGCAGAGACCCACACUGCCCUGCUGAAGGCCAUCCUGCGUGAAGAGGACACCUCCAACACCACGUUCGGUCCUGCUGACCUCAAGGACAGCGUCAACUCCACCCUCUACUUCAUUGAUGGUAUGACGUGGCCCGAGGUGGUCCGUGCCUACUGCGAGAGCGACCAGGAGUACCACCAUGUCCUUCCCUACCAGGAGGUGGAGGACUACCCCUACGGCCCUCUGGACAGUAAGAUCAAGGUGCUGCAGUUCUUGGUGGAUCAGUUCCUCACCACCAACAUCGCCCGUGAGGAGUUGAUGUCAGAGGGGGUGGUGCAGUAUGAUGACCACUGCAGGGUGUGCCACAGAUUGGGGGACCUGCUGUGCUGUGAGACCUGCUCUGCAGUCUACCACCUGGAGUGUGUGAAGCCGCCGCUGGUAGAGGUGCCGGAGGACGAAUGGCAGUGUGAGAUCUGCGUGGCACACAAGGUGCCCGGGGUCACAGACUGUGUGACAGAGAUGCAGAAGAGCAAACCCUACAUCCGCCAGGAGCCCAUCGGCUACGACCGCCACCGGAGGCAAUACUGGUUCCUAAACCGAAGGAUAAUUGUUGAGGAGGACGGGGAGCAUGAGAAGAAGAAGAUCUGGUACUACAGCACAAAGGUCCAGCUGGGAGAACUGAUAGAGUGUCUAGACAAGGAGUACUGGGAAAACGACCUGUGUGCCGUCCUCGAAGAGAUGAGAGAGGAGGUGCACACUCACAUGGACAUCACUGAGGACCUCACCAACAAGGCCCGCGGCAACAACAAGGCCUUCCUCACGGCAGCCAACGAUGAGAUCCUGGAGCGUGUGCAGGGCAGGCAGGAACGGCGAGCAGCGGAGCAGGCAGAGAAGGCCACUACAGACACCACCAAGAUAGAGGAAGAGACGCCCACACACUGCUCUCCACUACCAGACCACAGAGAGCUCCAAGACCCCGAGUAUAAAGAGGACGCAAGCUCACAAGGGAAGACUGGAGUUGCUCUUCUAUCAGUUGCAGCUCCCCCUGCUGGAGAAGAGAACACCACCGUCCACCUCCCUAAGCCUGGCUCGUCCACCCAGGACGGCACUCUCCCUAGACAUGAACCCCAUAAGCCUGCUGAGGUGUCCUGCUCUGCCGUCUCUGAGAGCAGGGAGAGUGGGGAGGCCUCCAUGGAGCCUGAGCAGGAGAGGCCAGAUGAUAAGCCUGUAGACUCAGAGUCCCAUGGAGAGGAGGACCCCUCUGCCCAGUGCCAGCCUACUCCCACACCACCACACCCUGGAGACGAGAACAGCAACAGCAGCCACGUCUCAGCGCCUGGGGUCCUCAGGAGGCCUGAAGAGCCAAACCUCGCUGACAGGUCCUCUCAGUCCUCCAUCACCAGCCAGGAUGACACGGGUGAAGGCAAGGAGAGUGGGAAUGGUGAGUGGUCAGUGUCUGGACGGACUAACAAUCGCAUAGUGACUCGUCUGCGUAACCCGGACAGCAAGCUGAGCCAGCAGAAGACCCAGGGAGAUGGCAGCCCUACACCCAGGGACAGCAAGGAGACAUCUCCCAGCUCUGAGAGUGAAGUGGCUCGUCUGGCUACUGUGAAGAACGAAUUGACGGCGAAGGGCAACCUGAACAACUUCUUCAAGCUGGGCCAGGAGGGCAAGUUCCGAGUCUACCACAACCAGUUCAGCACCAACACACUGGGCCUCAACAAGCACCAGCAUCGUGAGGACCACGACAAGCGCCGCCACCUCUCCCAUAAGUUCAGCCUAACCCCCGCCGGGGAUUUUAAGUGGAACGGCUCCAUCCACGGCUCCAAGGUGCUGACCAUAUCCACCCUGCGGCUCACCAUCAUCCAGCUGGAGACCAAUGUCCCCGCCCCCUUCCUGCACCCAAACUGGGCCUCGCACAGGACAAACUGGAUUAAAGCGGUGCAGAUGUGCAGUAAGGCUCGGGAGUUUGCCUUGGCGCUGGCCAUCAUGGAGUGUGCCAUCAAACCAGUGGUCAUGCUGCCUGUCUGGAAAGAUGCGCUUGGACACACCAGGCUCCAUCGCAUGACCUCCAUGGAGCGGGAGGAGAAAGAGAAGGGGAAAAAGAGAGAGAAAAAACUGGAGGAUGAGGAGACUAUGCAGCAGGCCACCUGGGUGAAGUACACCAUCCCCAUCAAACACCAGGUGUGGAAGCAGAAGGGGGAGGAGUACAGAGUAACUGGGUAUGGGGGCUGGAGCUGGGUCAGUAAGACUCACGUCCAUCGCUUUGUUCCCAGGCUACCAGGGAACACCAACGUCAACUACCGCAAAGCACUCGAAGCAGCUAAAACUGGCAAAGAAAAUGCAACAUCCAGCCCAAACAAACUAAAAUGUUUGCCCAAAGCACCAACAAGCACUGAAACCCAGGCAAAAGAAGAGUCUACUCCAAUUACUGAAGAAAAAGACAAGGAGGAAACCUCCACCAUGGAGUCAUCUGGGAGCACUUCACCAGGAGAGGGGCAGACUCUGAAAGAGAAGGAAGAGAAAAAUAUCACAGAGAAGGUGGAGGAGAAGAAAGAUGAUCAGGUGGAGGAGAAGACUGAGGACAAGAUGGAUGUUGACUCUAGUCCACCAGACACCUGUCUCGGUGAGGAAAAAGGUAUAGUGGACAGCAAAUGCCUCUCGUCACUGACUGACCCUGCUGUGAAGGAGGAGCCCGGGGAGGAAGAAGAACCUAAGCAGGAGGACUCUGAGGCCAAGCCACCUGUCCGCCCAUUCAACUGGGAUGUGGUGAACGUCAGCGAGGGCUUCCAGCUCCGUACGGCCUACAAGAAGAAGGUGAAGACGUCCAAGCUCGACGGGCUGCUGGAGCGCAGAGUGAAACAGUUCACCCUGGAGGAGAAGCAGAGGCUAGAGCGCCUCAAACAGCAGUCAGCCCUGGCCAAACACACAGUCUCCAAGGAGAAAGUUAAUACAGGGACUCCCACCACCAUCAAGACUGAAGCUUCUACAGCAGACAAGUUAGCAGUGACACCGUGCACUAGUCUGAAAGCUGAGGGACAAGCAGACUCAGUAGUUAAAGACACAAUUGUUAAAAGGCUUGACUUUGACCAGGAGCAGCCAGUGAAAUCCCAGCCCUCAGGAGAGACAGAUAAUCUAGACGUCAGAUUAGGCUCCACCUGGAAGCCCCAGACAGCAAGAGCCACAGGCCCCAACCUCAACACCACAGGGUUGGCCAACCAUGAGAGCAGCGUUCAGGGCAAUGGUGGGGAUGCGUUAUCUCAAACAGAGCUGAAUGGAGGCUCCCAGAAAAGCAUAGACCUCAACAACAAAGUCAAUUUGACAUCUGUAGAAUCGGCUUUAGGUGCGGCUAAACCUCCCAGGGCAGAAGUGACGAUAGCAGGAGAAAAUGGUAGGAAGCAAGGUUAUGAGGAGACAGAGCAAGGUAAUGGACAGAGGGAGAUAGAAAGCAUGGACGUAGACCAAAGCAAACAACAUUUAGUGCAGGUGAACGGGAAAGACGCUGUUGACACCAAGGCUCCUGUAGACUCAAAGAUGCACUUAGACCUGGCCAACAAUGUGGACACCAAGGUCAUGCUCCAGACGUUAGAGGGUGAGAUCAAAACACUGCCAGUGAAGGAGCCUGUAAAAUCCAUUAUGAACGGUACUCUCUCUCAGGACGGGUUAAAGGUCAACAACACUGUGUUAGCCACCAGCCCAGCCUUGGCGGACGUAGAGAGUCAGGCUCGGACACCACAACCUUUCUAUCUGCCACCUCAGAAGGUUGCCAGACUGGAGAAUAAUGGCGACAGGGUGGCAGACUCCGUCACGUCGUCAAUGUUAGGGCCUCCCACUGGUGUUCCCACGGUAAGCAACAGCACCAAGUCUGAGCCAAUGGAGAUUGGGCAGACGGCAUCCAAUAAGAUCAGCUUGAGUAACAACACCACAGAGAACAGCAGUAGCAGUACUGGGGUGCUGAAGACCAUCACCCAAGUCACCACAACCACUACUACCACCAUGUCAACAGAGUCUCGCACGGUGCAGAUAGCCGAGGUCUCCAGCAGCACUAAGCCUGCAGUGACGCCUGCUGCAGAGAGCAGUGCUGUGUCCACCCUCACCACCAUGACCAAGACCACCGUCACCAGGGUCAGCUCCCCGACCCUCGGGGCCGCCGUCUCCGAGGAGACCAAGACUGUUGUCACUGCAACGUUGACAGAUGCCAAAUCUGGCCCCUCAGGCUCUUCAGUCACCUCCAUGACAGUCAGUAAGGAGUACUCCACCAGUGACCGUGUCCGGCUGCUAAAGUUCUCCCGCUCCAAGAAGACCCGCUCUGGCACGGCCCUCCCCUCUUACCGCAAGUUUGUCACCAAGAGUAGCAAGAAGAGCAUCUUUGUACUGCCUAAUGAUGACCUGAAGAAGCUGGCGAGGAGAGGGGGCAUCAGAGAGGUACCCAUCUUCAACUACAACGCCAAGCCAGCCAUGGACAUCUGGCCCUAUCCCUCCCCCAGACCCACCUUUGGAAUCACGUGGAGAUACCGUCUCCAGACUGUGAAGUCUCUGGCGGGGGUCAGUCUGAUGCUGCGGCUGCUCUGGGCCUGCCUGAGGUGGGAUGACAUGGCUGUCAAGCCCUCCCCUGCUGUAGGAACCACCCGCACAGAAUCCUCGGAGACGGCAAUCACCACAACAGAGAUCAUCAAGCGGCGAGAUGUGGGGCCGCACGGCAUCCGGUCUGAAUACUGCAUCAGGAAGAUCAUCUGCCCCGUUGGCGUUACCGAUGCUCCCAAAGAAACUCCCACUCCCCAGAGGAAAGGCCUGCGCUCCAGCGCUCUGAGGCCAAAGAAGCCUGAGCCGGCCAAGCAGACUGGGCCCAUCGUCUUAGAGACGUGGGUGGCCGAGGAGGAGUUGGAGAUCUGGGAGAUCAGAGCCUUUUCAGAAAGGGUAGAGAGGGAGAAGGCCCAGGCUGCAGACCAGGCUAAGGUUAGUAGAACGCUGAAGACAACAGAGGAGGCCAAGGCCCAAUUGGAGGCUCAGCUAAAGCACCAGAGAUUGGCUGCUCAGCAGAAACGGUUGGAGCAACAGAAGCCUGGUGCCACCACCUCCACCCCCACCAGCACCCCUACAACCUCAGCCUCUGGCACUCCGGCAUCCCUGACCAGCCAGGUCACCCCGGGGACUAAACUGGUCCUGGCCACCAAGCUGGGGACACCUGUCACAUUCCAGCAGAACAAGAACUUCCAUCAGUCGUUUGCUUCCUGGGUCAAGCAGGGCCAGGGUAGUCCAGCCUCCCCCUGCUCACGGGCCACCGUGGCCAACAGCAUGGUCACCACCUCUGGACAAACGUUCCAGAUCUCUGCCAGCCCGGUGACCAUGGCUGGCCAGGUCAUCACCGCCAAGCUAUCCAUUCCGGCCAACAGCAAGAUUGUUACAGUCAACAUGCCAACCACACAAGGAGGUAUGGUGCAAGUCCAGCAGAAUGUCCUGGGCAUUAUUCCAUCCAGUACCCCAGGCAACCAGCGGACAUACUCCUCAUUCCAGAACCGCAACGCAACCAUCAACAUCAGACCCAACACCUCCACCUCAACCACCACUCAGCCGGUCAUUUCCACCGGAGCCCAGAUCCGUCCGGGCAUGACGGUGAUCCGAUCGCCCCUGCAGCAGGGCACCACCAUGGGAAAAACCAUCAUCAGAACCCCCUUGAUGAUGCAACAAGGUAUUCUACCAGCCAGCCAGCAGCAGGUGGUGACUCAGAUCAUCCGGGGCCAACCUGUCUCCACAGCAGUUUCCAGUGCCAGCCCUGUGCAGACCAGCGCAGGCCAGAGGAUGCUGGGUGCCGCCCCGUCCCCCCGUCCUGUCACCCCGGCCUCCGGGCAGUCCCCAUCAACAUCCACCCCCCAAGGCGGCCGACCACAGCAGGGCCAGGUCAAACUCACCCUGGCCCAGCUCACCCAGCUAACGCAGGGGGCACAGGGAGGGAACCAGGGUCUCACAGUAGUAAUCCAGGGACAGGGCCAAACCACAGGCCAGCUGCAGGUCAUCCCCCAGGGGGUGACAGUCAUCCCAGGCCCUGGGCAGCAGCUCAUGCAGGCUGCCAUGCCCAACGGCCAGGUGCAGCGCUUCCUCUUCACCCCAGGGGCAACAGCCCAUGUCCCCAACCCCGCCACCACGACCAGUGCUGCUGUCACACCCGUCACAGCCACCACAACAACACCCUCAGGGCCAGCACUGUCUCAGCCUCCGGUUCAGACUCCCGCCAUCUCUCAAGCACCGGCACCACCAGUCCAGCCCCCUCAACAGGCUAUCGCUCGUGUCCAGCCCCCUCAACAGGCUAUCGCUCGUGUCCAGCCCCCUCAACAGGCUAUCGCUCGUGUCCAGCCCCCUCAACAGGCUAUCGCUCGUGUCCAGCCCCCUCAACAGGCUAUCGCUCGUGUCCAGCCCCCUCAACAGGCUAUGGCUCCAGUCCAGCCCCCUCAACAGGCUAUCGCUCCAGUCCAGCCCCCUCAACAGGCUAUCGCUCCAGUCCUGCCCCCUCAACAGGCUAUCGCUCCAGUCCAGCCCCCUCAACAGGCUAUCGCUCCAGUCCAGCCCCCUCAACAGGCUAUCGCUCCAGUCCUGCCCCCUCAACAGGCUAUCGCUCCAGUCCAGCCCCCUCAACAGGCUAUCGCUCCAGUCCAGCCCCCUCAACAGGCUAUCGCUCCAGUCCAGCCCCCUCAACAGGCUAUCGUUCCAGUCCAGCCCCCUCAACAGGCUAUCGCUCCAGUCCAGCCCCCUCAACAGGCUAUCGCUCCAGUCCAGCCUCCUCAACAGGCUAUCACUCCAGUCCAGCCCCCUGCCCUCGUUCCUGCCCCCCCUCCAGUGUCCACACAUCAGACUCAACCUCCUCAGACUCAAGUCCACAUCCCCCUCCAGUCCCCAACUGCAUUACCCAUCCAGCAGAUAGCCCAGAUCCCAACCUCUCCACAACCGGUCCAUAUGAAGACUCUCUCGGUCUCCCCCUCUGUCACCCAGGCCACAGUGAGGCCCAUUCAGGCCCAUGCUCAACUCCAGCCCCAGGUUCCGGCUCAGAUCAGGCCCCAGCAGCAGCUGCAGCUCCACCACCAACCCCAGCUGAUCACAGUGCCGGGGCUGCAGCAGCAGGUCCAGGUGCUGGGCACCAUCCAGACCCACGUUGCGGCCCAGCUCCAGGCCCAGCAGGGUGGGGCGGUGCCCCAGCAGAUCAAGCUGCAGCUGCCUAUCCAGAUCCAGCAGGCAGGAGGCCAGGUGCAGGCACACCAGAUCCAGAACGUGGUGACCAUCCAGACGGCCAGCGUGCAGGACCACCUGCAGAGGAUCCAGCAGCUCAGAGAGCAGCAGCAGAAGAAGAAGCAGCAGGAGGCCAAAAGGGAGCAGAGCCUGCAGGCCUCCAGCCCCAGCGACAUCAUCCAGAAACAGGUGGUGAUGAAGCAGAAUGCUGUGAUAGAAAAUCUGAAACAGAGGAAGACCAUGACUCCAGCAGAGCGGGAGGAGAACCAGAGAAUAAUCGUCUGCAACCAGGUUAUGAAGUUCAUCCUGGACAAGAUCGACAAGGAUGAGAAGCAGGCGGCUAAGAAGAGGAAGAAGGAGGAGUCUGUGGAGCAGAAACGCAGCAAGCAGAAUGCCACCAAGCUCUCGGCUCUGCUCUUCAAGCACAAAGAGCAGCUCAAGGCUGAGAUCCUGAAGAAGAGGGCUCUACUGGACAAGGAGCUGCAGCUGGAGGUUCAGGAGGAGCUGAGGAGGGACAUCAGCAGGUUGAGGAAGGAGAAGGAGAAGGCCCAAGCUGCAGCCUCUCAGGCAGCCGCUGCCACAGCCCAGGUGGCCUCAUCCCUCUCCCCCACCAUGGCCUCGUCCUCCUCCGCCCACAAACGCAAGAGGGACGACGAGAGGGACUCGUCCUCCACGAAGCCCAAGAAGAAGAAGAUGAUAUCCACUACCUCAAAGGAUCACAAGAAGGAAGUGAAGCUGUACUGUGUCUGUAAAACGCCCUAUGACGAGGCCAAGUUCUACAUUGGGUGUGACCUGUGCUCCAACUGGUUCCACGGUGCGUGUGUGGGCAUCACGGAGAAGGAGGCCAAGAAGAUGGAUGACUACGUCUGUAAUGGCUGCAAGCAGGGCCAGGACUCACAGGACUCAGAGGGCACCACGGAGGAGCUGUACUGCAUCUGCCGGACGCCAUAUGAUGAAACACAGUUUUACAUUGGCUGCGACCGUUGCCAGAAUUGGUACCACGGGCGCUGUGUGGGCAUUCUGCAGAGUGAGGCCACCCACAUAGACGAGUACGUGUGCCCGCAGUGUCAAUCCACGGAGGACGCCAUGACGGUCCUCACACCGUUAACCGACAAGGACUACGAGGGUUUAAGAAGAAUCCUGCGCUCCUUACAGGCUCACAAAAUGGCGUGGCCGUUCCUUGAACCAGUAGAUCCCAACGAUGCUCCUGAUUAUUAUGGUGUUAUAAAGGAACCGAUGGACCUCUCCACAAUGGAAGACAAAUUACAGAAACGGUGUUACAACAAGCUCACUGAGUUUGUGGCGGACAUGACCAAAGUCUUUGACAACUGCCGCUACUACAACCCCAACGACUCCCCCUUCUUUCAGUGUGCCGAAGUUCUGGAGUCAUUCUUUGUACAGAAGCUCAAAGGUUUCAAAGCUAGCAGAUUGUGAUGUCAUAAGUCUGACGUAAUAGCUGGAGUCUGAGCUGGAUGCUGGGGUCUCUAGUAGUGAAUCAUGGAACUUGCUGUUUCAUAAACAGUGGAAAUUCUGUGUGAUUAUUUAAGAUUUAAAGAAAUAAACACACAAACAAGUGUUCUUUCAGUGAAACAAACCAUGCUUAAAAGUACAUUUGCAAUUAUAGAAGCCAAAUUCCAAAGAUGCCUUCCGUGACAAUCACAAAAUGGCAGCCAUGUUGACACUUACAAAUCAAGUUUAAGGGAUAUGCUUUUUCUCUAUUAUUUUGGUAAUUUUACCAUUUAAAAUCGUAUCAAUUAUCAGCAAGAUAAGUGUCAGGGAAGCUUUUACUUAGAAAUGUGUAAAUAAGCUUCACCCAGAAAUGCAUUUUUUAUUUGUAGUUAGUUAUUCAUGGAGAGGGAGAUUAUAAAAACAACAUUUGGGACCACAUGUAAAGCUGUAUAUUUUAUUAUAUAUUUAUCAAAUUAAGUUCCUCUCUUCCUCAUGGCUUUCUUUCAGCUGAUUUAAAUAUCAUGCAUUCGUAAUGAAUGGGCAUGAUUUUAAUAUAGUGCACAGGUUUUGUAGGUAAAUUACAGCUCAACUACUGGUUGAUUUAUUAUUUGGAUGUUUUAAAUUGAGUGAUUAAAAUAAGAUAAUUAUUGUAUGGUUUUUAAUCCUUUUGUGAAGGAUUAUUUUAUGGUUAAAACAAAGAGAGCCUAUGGUCAGAGGAAUUUAUACAGACUUAAAAUAAUAAAUAAAAUGUCACGGCUUAACUAUAUUGGACUCCAUGCCUUACUGCAUGAAGGUACCUCAGGAUGUAGACGUGAAACACCAUUUUCAUUGACUAAGUCAUUCCCAAUGAAUUAGACCAACAUGGCUGCUCUAUCUCCUUACUGACCCCAUGGCAUUCAUUUUUUGUAUCAUUGUUUUGUUUGUUUUUUGUUCGUGUCAGUAUGUUUAAACUAUUCAUAAGCAUUUUUAAAGGUUCUCAACUGUUCCCCUUUUCCACAUUCUAUAGGUCUCAUAACAACAAACUACAGACUUCGACCUCUUAGUAUAUACCACAUAUUUGAACAACAAAAAAAUGCACUCUGCGAGAAUUGGGUUAAAUUCUGAACUAUUAAUCCAUGUUGGGACCUGGCUUCUGUGCUUUGUGACCUCCUCUCCCUCCUUCGGGCCCCACUACUCAGCCCCCAAAGGAAGAUUCUCCCUGUAAGACCAGCAGCGCUGCUCCCACAGAACUGUCAGGUGGAGCUGCUGCCUGCCCACCUCUGCCACAUGGACAUUUGACAAGGGGUUAAAAUGGAGGGUUUGAAUAAAGGCAUUUCUGAAAAAGGUUACCUUGAAGAAAAUACUUUCUUUGGCGAUCUCACGUUUCCUUUUUUGUUCUUGAUUUGAUUCUUUGUUACCCCUCUAGCCAGUUGAAGAAAUUAAGAAAAGCUUAAGCUUCCAUGCCCAUAAAAAUAACAACAUUUGACGCCUGUUUGAACGUUGAAAAAUGUUGAGCUGAGUUGCACUCAGUGUAUCAGAUUGCACAGUGACACUUGUGUGUCUAUACCCUUUCUAUCACUUUAUUAGAGGUGGUGUGAAAGAUACAUCUCAUUGGGAAAGACUUGCUUGAGUUUGGACCUACUAGCUUUCUGGACACUAACAGUUUGAGUUUCAGUCAAGCUAUGCUGAAAGGAAUAAAGUAUUUGGUAUUAAUUGCCCAGCAGUAAUGACACAAACACAAUAUGUAUUUGAAGGUAUCCUGCCCUGUUUGUAAAACUUGUCAGAUUUUGAAUUUUUGUUUUUGUAUUACAGCUGAAGAGAUUGAUGUAUAUUAAACAUAAUAAAUGGAGAAGACUGAGCUCUCUUCCACUACUGAAA